UAAUUUCGAAGGUGUAGCCGAUAUUCAUAGCAGAAACACCUUCUUUAUUGACUUGAGAAUGGUCUGCUAACAAGCAUGUCUUACCUAAACCGAUGGAGAAAAGUUAGAUCUUUAGCUAACACCCUUGCAGAAGGAAAUAGUAGUGAAGAAGAUGGCACUGAACCAAGACCUGUAGGUGAGGAAGGAGGUAGCGAAUCCAGUGGUGUAGAUGCAGCAGUGUCUUCAGAUACUCAAGAGUUAAUCAGUGAAACUGAUUCCGACACAGAUUCUAGAACAGACAAUUCAUCUGAAAUUGAAUCUGAUGACGAUUUGAUUAAUGCUGAAGCAGCAGAAUCAGAUGAACCUACUUUGCGAGAGAAACUGGCUGAGUGGGCAACACAAAAUCGUUUAACAAGAGCUAGUGUAAAUGAGCUUCUAGGUAUACUGAGAGAGGAAAAUCUUGAUUUACCUAAAGACGCAAGAACUCUCCUGCAAACUCCAAAGGAAAUACCUGUUGAAAAUAAAUGUGGGGGAAAAUAUGCAUAUUUUGGUCUUAAGAAAGGAAUUGAGAAGACUUUUAAUUUUGCUAGCACUGGUAAAUAUUGAGAAUACCCUUGUUUAAAUCUACUGGAACACAGAUGUGGCCUAUCAUUUGUAGUUUUCAUAAAUACAGACCAUUUGUUGUUGCUUUGUUCUAUGGUGAGAGUAAACCAGAUAAUUUGAGUGAUUAUUUGCAGGAUUUUCUGACUGAAUAUAGUGAGAUAAGUGAUAAUGGAUUUAUUUACAAUGAUAUAUUGAUAAGUGUUUCUAUAAAAGCUUUCAUUUGUGAUGCACCAGCACGAUCAUUUUUGAAAUGUAUAAAAGGGCAUACUGGAUAUUAUGGUUGCGAAAGGUGUACAAUAAAAGGUAGAUAUGUAGAAAGAAGAAUUAUAUUUGAUGGGGAUUCUACAGCAAGGACAGAUGAAAGCUUCAGAAAUCAGGAAUACCCUGAACAUCAGUUGAAUGUUUCACCUUUAUCUGAAGUAGGCUUUGAUUGUGUAUCUAGAUUUUGCUUAGACUACAUGCAUCUUGUCUGUCUUGGAGUGGUGAAAAGAAUAAUAAGUUUUUUCAAACAAGGUCCUCCUCAGUGUAAACUAUCACAACAACAAAUAAGAGAGAUUUCUGGAGGUUUAGUGAAUUUUGUUGGGAGACUACCAUCUGAAUUUGCAAGGCAGCCAAGAUCCCUGGCAGUAGCGGACAGAUGGAAAGCUACAGAGUUCCGUCAGUUUUUGUUGUACACCGGACCAGUCGUUCUAAAAAAGAUCCUUCACAAAAAUGCGUACAGCCAUUUCCUUUGUUUAACUGUUGCUGUUUCAAUACUUUUAGAUUCUGAUGAUGAAAAAAGGAGAAAUUAUUUGGAAUAUGCGAGGCAUCUUCUAAAUUUCUUCAUUGGAAAAUGUAAAGAUAUAUUUUCUGAAUCCUUUAUUGUGUAUAAUGUUCAUGGGUUGAAGCACCUUGCUGACGAUGUGGAGAAGUUUGACUGCUCUCUUAACAAGAUAUCUGCCUUCCCCUUUGAAAAUCACCUACAAGUUUUGAAACGUUUGGUAAAAUCAGCAACAAAUCCAGUAAGUCAGGUUGGAAAAAGGAUGCACGAGAUAGAGAAAGCUGGCAAGCAAAACAGGGAAACAUACACUUGUGUGUCCUACAUUGCACCAAACAAAAGAAAUGGCUGUUUACUCCUUAACAACCAAAGUUAUGCCCUCGUGAAGGAGAAGAGAGCAAAUGGAACUCUGGUUUGUGAUGUUGUCAAGGA